AUGGAAUACCCUCCACAAUAUCAACAGCCUCAUGGCCAGCAUCCUCAUGCCUCUUCCCACAUCGCUACCCCUUACCAAACCACUCCACAGAACGCUGGUUCUACCGUGGGGUCUAUGACUUCUCCUACCAAUCCCCAAGCACACAUGCAACAAGCCCAUCCUACACAUCAAGCAUCACCCAUUCUCCCAUCCCAGUCGCAUUACCAGCAGACUCAAAAUGCUCCUGGCUCGGUACAUCAGCAAAUGAACUUCCCUCAAUCAUAUGGGGUAACGGCAGCGAUGCCGCAAACCUAUGGUAUUUCUCCAACCCAAGCCGCUGCGAUGGCCACUGCUGCGGCAUCAGGUCAAUUCUAUCCGCUUCAUCAAGACUCUAUGACUGGUCAAAUGCCGCAGGGACCUCGUGGCUCGCCGCGCAUGGCAGGUGUCCAAAUAAAAAACGAUCGAAAUCCUCGUUCGCCAACUCAAAUACCGGGGCAAAUGCCUUCCAUGGCUUCUCAAGUGCCGAUGCCUCGGAAUGCUCAGAUGCAGCAGCGCCGUAUGAGUCAUGUUGGUAGCCCGCACGUUCAAAGUGCCCAGCCUGUUCUCAGCCACGUCGGCCGUCCAUCUGUGCCCCCGCCGAUGGGGCCCCCUCCUCAGCCUCCAGUCCAGCAGAGUCAACCUUCUCCAGAGAUGGUUGGGGGUCCUCAGGAAGAAUCGCCUCUUUAUGUCAAUGCGAAGCAGUUCCAUCGCAUUCUGAAGCGUCGCGUUGCCCGCCAAAAGCUGGAGGAGCAACUGCGCCUUACUUCCAAGGGUCGCAAGCCUUACCUGCAUGAGUCACGCCACAACCAUGCCAUGCGACGUCCGCGUGGUCCCGGUGGUCGAUUCCUUACCGCUGACGAAGUUGCCGCCAUGGAAAAGAAGGGAGGGAAUUCUGUUUCUGGACAGGAGAAUGUCGAUAGUAAUGCUACAAAGCAAACAGGGGGGAAUAUUCCAUCGACCCACAAGCGGAAGUCAAGUGAUGUCAAUGAUGACAAUGUUGGAUCGGCUAAGAAGGCCAAAACUGGAGGGCCGAAAGCUAGCAGUGCCGAAGAAAGUGAAAAUGAGUCUGCCGAAGCAUCUGAUGAAGAGGGUUGA